AUGGACUCUGUUCAAAAGCAGGAGGAUCCUUCUACCACCGUUGAGAAUGUCUCUCUAACUCAACCAAGGCAGCCAAGCUCGAGACCGACAAGAUCUCUCUAGUGGAUCUCCAAGCAGCAGACUUCAGGAACGGGUGGCUACGUUGGGUGACAUCAUGGAGAAGAAGUCCCUGUGGCUUUGUACAAUCCUUCUCGUGACCUUCUGCAUCUCUGGGAUCUUGACUGAGAAGAUUUUGGAAGGAAAGGCCUUCGUGUUCCCUAAGUCUUCUACCGACUCCUACGUUCUCCUGAAGCCCGACUUACAAAAAGGGCUGCGACACUUCACCCUCUCCCUCGAAUUUUUCACUGAUUUGACCCGCAGCUAUGUCCUCUUCUCGGCUGCUUCCCAGGACCACGACAACGAGAUCCUCCUGAUGCGACACCCUGAAGAAUACCACAUAUGCGUGGGAGGGGAGUGUGCCGUCUUCACAAUGCCCAGACUCGCAGCCCGGUCUACCUUCCAUUGGGAAUCGAUUUGUACGACUUGGGAUUCAGCUACUGGGAUAGUUCAGCUUUGGUUGGAUGGGCAGCGCUUGCCAAGGAAAGGGGCAGCCAAGGGUUACGAGGUCAAGACGGAUCUGGUGGUAAUGCUGGGGCAGGAACAAGAUUCCUACGGGGGCAACUUUGAUUCGAAUCAGUGCUUUGUGGGAGAAAUCGCAGACGUCUACCUCUGGGACAACGUCCUGCCUGCUGAACAGAUACGCAACAUGCAAAAACAUACCACGCCGGCCCCUUUAGUGGCCUGGACCUCGCUGAAGUUUGAAAUCCAAGGCUACGUGUUGACGGAGCCUUUGUGAAGCCUUCAGUCCAAGAGAAGAAGGAUGAACCUUCUUGAGAAGUUCUCACUUGCAGGCCUGAUCUCAGCAUUCCUCAACCUUGGCCACUUGGAGAUGUUUGGACUUCAACCCCCUGAAUCCCCUCUGAGCAUGAUUGGCUGGAGAAUUCUGGGAAUUGAAGUCCACACAUCGUCAGGUGCCUACGGUUGAGAAACCUUGCUUAACCAACCAAGCAGCUUUGCAAGCUCCAAAGUAGCCCCACUUGAUUCUAGCCCCCUGCUUGCCCCACAGGGUGUGUGAUUGGCCAUAGCAAUAAACAAUAGCACUUAGACUUAUAUACCGCUUCAUAGUGCUUUGUACAGCCCUCUCUAAGCCGUUUACAGAGUCAGCCUAUUGCCCCGAACAAUCUGGGUCCUCAUUUUACCCACCUCGGAAGGAUGGAAGGCUGAGUCAACCUUGAGCCGGUCAGGAUCGAACCCCUGGCUAUGGGCAGAGUUAGCCUGCAAUACUGCAUUUUAACCACUGUGCAGGCAGGGAAGGAAGGAAGGAAGGAAGGAAGGAAGGAAGGAAGGAAGGAAGGAAGGAAGGAAGGAAAUAGCACUAGAGUUAUAUACUGCUUCAUAGUGCUUUUACAGUCCCUCUCUAAGCGGUUUACUGAGUCAGCCUAUUGCCUUAAGAAUCUGGGUCCUCAUUUUACCAACCUCGGAAGGAUGGAAGGCUGAGUCAAUCUUGAGCCGGUGAGAUUUGAACUGCCAAACUGCAGCUAGCAGUCAGCUGAAGUAGCCUGCAGUGCUGCAUCUAACCACUGUGCCACCUCGGCUCUUAGCUCGCUUUCUUGCCCAGUGCUAUUUUUUAAUUUGGAUUUUAAAAAUCAACCCAUCUGCCUCCCGCUGGGGGGUCUCUAGAAGCCUUUCAGGGAGUCCAAGUCAAACAAAUACCUAAACAUUUCUCGUUUCGUUUCUAAUAUGGCAAAUAUCAAUAGCCCACACCAAGGAAGCCUCGCAUGGCUCCUCAGCCAUGAUUAAGAGCUUAAAGGGGUCUCGAGACCAAAAAAAUGGAGGUUUUUAAUUUUAAAGAAAUUUUAAGCAUCAACAUGGUAAGGAAUAAAUAAAACCCGCUUCAAGUAUGUUAGCAAGGAAAAGGGAUUGCAAUUUUGAAUGAUUUCUUUGCAAAGAUGCAUUACUUGUUCAGCUUUUUCUAAUGAAAAAGAUUAAACCACAAAAUUAGAAUACAAUUAGAAUACAAUUAGAAUAGAAUUAGUAGGAAUAGAAAUAGAAAUAGAAAUAGAAUAGAAUAGAAUAGAAUAGAAUAGAAUAGAAUAGAAUAGAAUAGAAUAGAAUAGAAUAUUCUUCAUUAGCCAAGCAUGACUGGACACAAAAGGAAUUUGUCUCUGGUUCAUAAGCUCUCAUUGUACAUACAAACAACAAAAUAAUAUCAUAAGAUAUAUAUUUCUUUCCCUGCAAUGCAGUAAUGUCAGCAUUAUUAGGAAAUUAUGAUUCAAUCCUCUUGAGGGAGCUUUCAAUUUUUUUAUCCUUAGCUGGAAUUACAGGUAGUCCUCCACUUACAACGGCUCAUUUAGUGACCAUUCAAAGUGACAACAGCGCUGAAAAAAGCGACAUGACCAUUUUUUUACAGUAACGACCGUUGCACCCAUGAUCAAAAUCCAGAUGCUUGACCACUGGCUCGCAUUUAUGACGGUUGCAGUGUCACGUGAUCAGUUUUUGUGACCUUCUGACAAGCAAAUUCAAUGGGGGAAGCCAGAUUCACUUAACAACCGUGUUACUAAUUUAACAACUGCAGUGACUCACUUAACAAAUGCGGCAAGAAAAGUCGUAAAAUCAGACGAAAGGCACUUACCAAAUGUCUCACUUAACAACAGAAAAUUUGGGCUCAAUUGCGGUCGUAAGUUGAGGACUACCUGUACAAAACUUGGUGCAUUUUACUAAGCUUGGGUGUGUGUGAUCAGUUUUCUGUUACAAUAUGAGAAUCUAUUUUUUUAACAGAGUUCUCUAAUCCUUGUGACUCUUCGCACUUCAAUACACAGGAAACAUUUUGAAUUGUGUGUGUGUGUGUGUGUGUGUGCACAUGCGUGUGUGUGCGCUACAGAUUAUCCAGAAGUAAAAAGAGAGAGUUUACUAUUUCUGUUAAUUUCUCUUUUAACGUUUGUUUUUCUAAUGCUAUGCUAAAUGAAUCGGUCUUGGUUCUUUCUGUCCACUGAGAAAUUCUGUAAGAAAAAAAUUAUAUCUAUUAUACCUUUGGUGUUGGUUGGCUGGGCAUUCAGACAUAUUUUAUGCAACCCCUCGUUACUGAACGAAAGCAAUAAAGAAACAAACCGACGACCACACCAGAAAAGGCGCAAUCUGUCCUAUGAGAUCUUCUGAAAUAAACCUUGGCAGUGGUGUGUUUA